AUGCACAAGGUCGACGGAUCUCCGGAUGAUUACCUGCAAAGGGCAAAUACCAUAUCUAAGAAGGGCGCUUUCACGAUACAACCAGCGCGGUCAGAACGAGAUAUCCAAGUCACAACCACCUUGAUCAAGGCAUAUACUGCAUCCCUUGGAGUUGACUUGGCAUUCCAAGGCUUUCAGGAUGAAAUGGCUUCGUUCCCGGGGAAGUAUUCUCCUCCUAAUGGAGAGAUACUGCUUGCAAUUGACGAUGCCUCUGAAGAAGUGUUGGGCUGCAUCUGUUUGAGACCAUUGGUACCCAAAAACUUCUCGUCCGACAAAACAGUCACGUCCGUUCCAGCGAACAAUUCAGCUAACAACGGGAAACGUUAUUGUGAAAUGAAACGGUUGUAUGUUCUACCCUCUACCAGAGGGAGAGGGGUCGGCAAGGCGCUAGUAUUGGCUCUUCUGCAAGUUGCGCGAGACAGAGGAUAUGACGAGAUGAGACUCGAUACUCUUCGUCAUAUGCGUGCUCCUAUUGAGCUGUAUAGGAGUAUGGGGUUCAAGGACAUUGAUAAAUACUAUGAGACACCGCUGGACAACACGGUAUUUCUAGGGUUAGAGUUAUAG